AUGGAUGAAGCUGAGGCUAAGGCUAUAGAGGAUGGAGAACAAGGAAGGGCUAAGGUUGUCAAGGCUAAACUUCCAGUAGGUGAGGAAGAACGGGUGGAGAUGUACAAGGAUGAAAUCAAUAAAGUCGAGAGUGGAAUUGCAGAUUUGAAUCAGAAUUGGAAUUGGAAAUCAGAAUUGGAAUUAAAGAGGUGCGCCCGCACCUCUGCCCAACAAACAGCUCCACGCUGCCGUUGCCGCCGCCAUCGCCAGCCCCCCGCUUUCCUCCUUAACACCCUUCUUCACCUGCUUCUAUCCCUUCAACGUGCACAAACUGUUCCAUUUCUUCCUCCAAUUGCAAGAACACACUCUCCGCUGGACAGGGUCACACUAACUUGCAUCCUCAGCGCGUGUUUUGAGGAUGACAACCUCCUGCCUCAGUCUUUUGAGUCAACAGGUGGGAACAUAAGGCUUGUUGAGACUGGGGCCAAUAUCGGGUUGUGGGCUUGGUGGAUAUUGGCAAAUGCAUGUGCUAUUCAAUGA